AUGGCCGGUGGCAUCGGAAAGGCGCAAGUGCUGGCAAGUGGCACCCUAUCUAGUGUCACCCAAUCCAAAAGGGCACUCAUGGAGUCCAGACAAGGACGUUGGAAUGUACCACAAAUGGCCAGCAGCGUAAGAUGCUCUAAAAGCCUCGUCACACUAGGAGUGGGCUUGUUGCGAACAAUUCUACUGGACUUACUACCCGGAGUAGCCACGAUCACCCUGAUAUUUCUCGCCAUCUUCUUAUCGUGUCAGUUUCGAGACAUCACCACCUUCGCAAGUAUCACCCACCGCCUUCUGUUUCGGUCUCAGACUUAUCUUGCAACUUCAAACAUCAAUCCUGCUACACUCACAGGCAGUACACACGAAGAUAUCCCCUCGACUCCGCCAUCACUCCUUGCCGUGUUGCCAAUGUGUAGCCUGCCGUACAAGAAAUCCGGUCAGGACCCGUGUCCGAGAUCAAUCCCGUUAUCCCCUUCAUCUUCCAACUCCACGCCCACGCUUCCAUACCAACAAGCUGAAAAAGAAUUCGAUCACCUCCAUCCACCUCGCUCCGAGUUCAACCAUCCCAAAUCCACUUUCCUCAACAUGUCCUCAUUUCGGAGCCCAAAUGGGCAUCAACGUUCCUUUUCGGUUGGAAUCCCAGGUCAAGAUCAGGGUGAAGGUCGCGAGGGUGUUGUGUUGAAACGUCAACGCGGAUUUUUGCAAGGGAAUAUUGUCAUUCGAUGGUUUUUCUUCAUCACCCCAAUCCUCAUGCUAGUCUGGAUUCCGGGGUUUAUUGCGUUCAGCCUUCCGCAAAAGCAUCUCAAAAUUGCCGAUGUAGAAUUACUCUGGUGGUCUGCCUGGCUCUCAGUAGCUUGGCUAGGCUGGUGGAUUGGAUUGGUCGUCGGAGCACUGACGCCGCUAUUGUUCAAGCACGUCAUUGGAAUUGCUUGCUCUCCGGACUUUGUUGAGAAGUGGUACAGCUUCUUGUUACCCAUGAAGAACGUCAUUAUGGGAGCUGUUUGGAGUGUAUUAACCUACAUUACCUUCAGCUUAUUUAUCAUAAGGAUGUCAUAUGGCGCCUCAGAAUCUGCCGCCAAAGCGCUGCACUUGAUAAGUCAAGCGUUAUUCGGAAUUCUUCUUGCUAGCUUAAUGCUGGUAGGCGAAAAAAUCCUCAUACAAGUGAUUGCCAGCUAUUUUCAUCAGAGGUCUUACGAGGACAGAAUAGAGGAACAGAAACGCGCGAUUCAAUUUCUCACAACUCUAUAUCGAUACACUCAUGAUAUCGGCAGGUCAGAUACGCUUGACCGAGCGUUUGGCGCUCCGACGAGAGGCCCAGAGCAUACAGCAAAACUGUUGAAAUCUGCACUCAAAGGUGUCAAGAACGUUGCCAGGACCACAACCAGUGUCUUUGGAACUGUGGCAUCUGAGAUUGCGGGAGAACAGAUACUCCAGCCCAACUCUCCAUCCUCAAUGGUUCUCUCUGCCUUGUCGUCAGCCAACAAGACGCGUCAUCUAGCGCGCAGAAUAUACUAUUCAUUCGUUCCAGUCACAUAUCGUCAAGUGAUGGUGUUGGGCGAUAUAUUACCUUGCUUCGAAGGGGAUGAGGAAACUGCUCAGGACAGCUUUUCGGUGUUCGACAAAGACCGAAACGGAGACUGCUCUUUACAAGAGAUCGAACUUACUUGUUUGGAGCUUCAUCGAGAACGUUUGGCCUUAGUCGCGAGUAUGAGGGACUUGGACAGCGCUGUUGGAAAACUGGACUCGAUUUUGAUGUUCCUCUGGUAUACCGUAUCAUUACUAGUAAUAGUGGCUUUGUUGGAUAUCUCCUUCCAAACUCUCUUAGCCUCAGCUGGUACGCUAGUAUUAGGCUUGAGCUGGUUGAUCGGUAGCACUGCCCAAGAAAUACUCUCAUCGAUAAUAUUCUUAUUCGUCAAGCAUCCGUAUGAUGUUGCCGAUAGAGUCGAUGUAGAUGAUGUUGCUUAUGUUGUAAAGGAGAUGCAUCUUUUGUACACUGUAUUUCGACAAACAAAUGGCAAGAUCUCACAAAUACCCCACAGUGUAUUGAACUCCAAGAGGGUAGUAAAUAUCCGGAGAUCUGGGCCUAUCAGUGAAACGUUUACUUGGGAUGUCAACUUCAGUACCUCAUUCGAAAAAAUUGAACAAAUGCGAGCCAAGAUGCUCGAAUUUCUCAAAGCCGAGAGGAGAGAUUACACGCCCGCUUUUGAUGUCAAUAUUCAAGAUUUCGAGGGGCAGGCCCAAUUGACUCUACAAGCGGACAUCAAAUACAAAUCAAAUUGGCAAAAUGGGGCCUUGAAAGGUCAGAGGAGAAAUAAAUGGGUUUGUGCUUUGAAGCAAGUUAUGGCCGAAGUCGAAAUCUACGGACCAGCGGGUGCCGGAGAUCCUGCCCCAAAAACAGAGCCAACGCUUAUUCAACUGGUCGAUAGUCCUCCAUUGGUGAUACAGCCGCGAGCCGGAAGUCCUACAUAUGAACAAGAACAACAAGAGCAGUCACCCGCGAAAACCAGCGGCAUACAGUCCGUUGAAUUGGAGAACAGAGAAAACGUAAUGCGGGACGAUGACGACGACGAGCACAAUCUACCUCUCAAUUAUAUACCUUUAUCACCAUUCUAAAUCAUCAAAUGCACCACAUCAAUAUAGGUUCAAGAAUCCUUGUCCCUCACCCUCGCUGCAGCCAAAAGCGUAUUUUGAAAAACCGAAUUGUCCAUAGCCAUAAGAAAUCAUUCUCCCUCACGCUUUGUUACUACGCAUUCAAGUUCUUCAACUACACAAAAUUUUGCCAUGCUCCAAAUAAAGAUCCGUGAUGAUUGUAGCUUGAAUAGGAAACUUUUACCCAUUGCUUCUACCUUUCUUUCCACCUGUUCUAUAAGCAGUUGUUAUUCUCUUGUUUAUACAUAAAUACACAAAAUCACAUAUGUUAUCUUUUCCCAAAUAUCAAAUUCAUACAGUCACUUUCAUGUAAAAUUAUGUUUUCUGGGUACUUGGUGUGUAUUUCUACAACCAUGAUGAUUUCUCAUGUACACAAUCAGACCAAGAACAUGUUUCCUUUGACUUGUUUUUCUUCAUUUUUUAUCCUUC